CGUGGUGUCCGAGUGGGUCCGGUGAGAACAUGGCUGCUCGCUGCACCGAGACCGUGCUAGCCGCCCUGGGGGUGCUCAGUGUCUAUGCGGCCAGUAGCCCGGAAUCCCAGGCUGCGGGGAAGACGGGUAGGGAGGCAGAGUGGGAGGAGCCGUGGGACGGCACGGUUUUCCGGCCGCCGGCUGCGCUAGGCGCAGUGGGGGUGGCGCACGGGCCGGAGUCCUCGCCGCCAGGGAACGCGGAAACGGCGGACCUACCGGUGCUGCUAUGGUGGAGCCCAGGUCUGUUUCCGCACUUCCCAGGCGACUCGGAGCGCAUUGAAUGUGGGCAUGGCGCGUGCGUGGCGUCCCGGGACCGACGGGUGCGCGCCGACCCGCGGACGCGCGCAUUGCUCUUUUACGGCACCGACUUUCGGGCGGCUGACGCGCCCCUACCGCGCCUAGCGCACCAGAGCUGGGCGCUCCUGCACGAGGAGUCGCCGCUCAACAACUUCCUGCUGAGCCACGGCCCGGGCAUCCGCCUCUUCAACCUCACGGCCACCUUCAGCCGGCACUCGGACUACCCACUGCCGCUGCAAUGGCUGCCCGGAGCCUUCUAUUUGCGCCGCCCUGCGCCUCCGCUGCGGGAGCGCGCCGAGUGGCGGCGCCGCGGCUACGCGCCGUUGCUCUACUUGCAGUCCCACUGCGACGUGCCCGCAGACCGGGACCGCUACGUACGGGAGCUCAUGCGCUACAUCUCGGUGGAUUCCUAUGGUAAGUGCCUGCAGAACCGCGAGCUGCCCACCGAACGGUUACAGGACACAGCCACGGCCACCACCGAGGAUCCAGAACUCUUGGCCUUUUUGUCCCGCUAUAAGUUUCAUUUGGCCUUGGAAAAUGCCAUUUGCAAUGAUUACAUGACAGAAAAACUGUGGCGCCCCAUGCAUCUGGGUGCUGUGCCUGUUUAUCGUGGAUCACCUUCUGUGAGGGACUGGAUGCCCAAUAACCACUCCAUCAUCUUAAUCGAUGACUUUGAGUCCCCUCAAAAGCUAGCGGAGUUUAUUGACUUUCUGGACAAGAAUGAUGAAGAGUAUAUGAAAUACCUGGCAUAUAAGCAACCUGGGGGCAUCACCAACCAGUUUCUUCUGGACAAUCUGGAGUACAGGGAGUGGGGAGUGAAUGAUCCCAUGUUGCCUAACUACCUCAAUGGCUUUGAGUGUUUCGUCUGCGACCAUGAACUGGCUCGGCUGAAUGCCGAGAAAGCGCAUGCAUCCUCCCCUGGGGACAUUCCUUUCCCUGAGCCUCACAUUGCCCAGACCUCACACAUGAACUGUCCAGUGCCUGCUCCUGGCUUUGGCAAAGUCGAAGAGAUUCCUGAGAAUGACAGCUGGAAGGAAAUGUGGCUACAAGAUUAUUGGCAAGGUCUCUAUCAGGGGGAAGCUCUCACCACCAUGAUCCACAACAAUGAAACCCAGCAGAGGAAAUUUUGGGACUAUGUACAUCAGAUCUUCAUGGAAAGGAAUAAAAAUCUCUAAUUUCCCUUGCACAGUAGCCUUUAGCUUGGAAGACUUAAGGAGACGGCUUUACCAUUGCACCUAAGGCACAUCCACUGCCCACCUUUAGUGGAUGUUGUCCACUCUGGAGUGAUGUGUUUGCUGAUUCUGCUCUGCACCGGGGAUGGAGUGCUAGGCAAGUACUCCCACCUCUCUACCCGAAGGGAGUGGAGCCAGUAUCUCAGCUGUAGUAAGAGAGCUUCUCCUUAAAGAGAGACAGAAGCCAGAAGCAGCCAUUUCACUCAAGCACACUUCUCAUAGCUGUAGCCAUUUCAUCAUUUCAAAUAUGGGCAGGAUGGGUCAGGUUACGAACUAAAGCUUCCAUUAUUUAGUACCUGUAAAUAGUGUUCAUUCCUCAUUUUACUUUUCUUAUCAGUUAUAAUACUGGUGAAGAGGCAAAGCGGGGGUGGGGUAGGGCAGGUUAUUCUGCUUCUCUGCUUCUCUUUCUUUUGAGAUUGGUCUCACUGCAAGGCCCAGGCCACCCUCCAGCUCCUGGGCCUAACUGACCAUACUUGCCCUCGGCUUUUAAGUAGCUGGGGCUACAGGUGUACAGCACUAUGCCCAGCCCUGUACCCUUACUGUAUUGAGUUUGUAAUCCCACCACUAGGGGAGGCAGAGGCAGGCAGAGCUCUGAGUUCAAGGCCAGCAUAGUCUACAAAGCGAGACCGGGACAGCCAAAGCUACACAGAGAAACCCUGUUUCAAAAAAACAAAAAACAAACAACAAAAAAAACCUUGCAUUAUCUUUAAUAUCAAAUGUCUUUUAUUUUAAAUAGCUCUUUUUUGCUUGCUAUCUCCCGUAAACGUUGGGAAGAUGGACAAACAUUUCCAUCAUUCUUACUGCUUGGUUUUCUUGUUUAGGGUAUGUUCGGAAUUCCUUCUCUCAUGAACAGAUUAAUUAGCUAACAUAACACUGAUGUCAGUUCAGUGUAUUGCAAUAUUCUAGGGCUGGAUAGCUCCAUUCAAUUCAUUACUCAUAUUUUCUUACAUUCUUCCAGGCAACUGUAUGGUGCUGAGUCACUGGUUUUUGUGAUCCUGGGGAGGCAAGUUCUCUACCAGUUGAGUUAUAGCUGAUCCUAAUACUGAGAUUUCUUUCUUUUUUUUUUUUUUUUCAUUAAAGCUAGCCCCAAAUCCCCAAUUCAAACAGAUUGAAGAAGGCAAGGGAUUUAAAUCACCAUUAAGUGGCUAGCUAAAUGAAAACUUUAGGUUUGGGGCUGGUGAGAUGGCUCCACUGUUAAGAGCAUGGCUGCUCUUCCAGAGGGCACCCAUCCACAUAGCAGCAGACAACUAAAUCAAAUUCUAGGGGGGAUUUGAUCACUCUUGUGGCCUCCAUAGGCACCAGGGAGAAAUGUGCUGCACAGACAUACAUGUAGGUAAAACAACACCCAUAUAUGUACACAACAACCACAACCAUAGUUUUGGAGAUGCAGACCAGCUGCAUGCUGCUGUAGCUUGACCAGGACACAGGAGCUUUUGCUGGGGAUAUAGGAAAGAACACCAUGGACCUUAGACCUAUGCUUAUUGUAUUAGUUAAUUUUCAUUUGAAAAGUCAGCUUAUCAGCAUAUCUGACUAAGCUACAGAUAGCUGUGAAUCUAUAUAUAGAUAUGCAUGCAGUGUUAGAUGCUGUAAGCAGCCAGGCUUCAUAGUGACAUAUAAGGAUGUGACCAAGAACAGCUUUAACAUACAUGGAAGUAGAUUGCUACAGUUUUUGUUUUUGUCUUCCCAUCAGGUGUGUUUUGCUGGAGAUGGAUCCCAAGCCCUGUGCGUGCUAAGCAUUUGCUCAGGCUCUGCCUCUGAGUUAUGUCCCCCGACCUUUAUUUUGUUCUUUAGUAAAAAAACGCCUUCAUAGUAGCAUGGAGAUUGUUUAACCUGUUUUGUUUCUUGCAAAAAAGAGAGAAAGGUGUUUAAAAAACACCUUAGAUAUGUGGGUCCAUGAGUGCUAGGCUGGCUUGGGCUACAAUAGCACGACUGUCUCAAGAAAAGAAAAAACAUAAAAUUUUAUAGUAUAGAUGGGCAUGGUUGCACACUUUUAGUUUCAGUAGUCCAGCAUUGGGAGGCAGAGGCAGGUGGAUCUCUGUGAGUCUGAACAUCAUAGUAUUCCAGACCAGCCAGAGCUAUAAGGUGGGACACCCUGUUUCAAUAAAUAAAUAAAUAAAUAUAAACAAAUACCAUAGUACAAAAGAGUCAUAGAAGACCCUGUUUCCGAGGGCAUCGUCCAUUUCAGUGCAGGUGACGAUACCUAUAGCAGAGUAGCCACUACAGAGUGCAAGCCUAGGUCAGAGCUCAGAUGUCACCUUGCAAUGAGAAACGUGAUGGUUACACAGGAUGUAGGGUCCUCUCCAAUUCACCAGCUCGCUCCGUUAGCACUUUUAUUCACAAAGUGAGCCGGCUGUUUAUGAAUGGUUCUUGUUGGUCAGGCUUCCAGGUUUCCUCAGUGCUUCCCAGACACUCUUUUAUCCUUAUCAUUAUGUAAACAAUCAAAAGACCAGGACAAAUCAGGUGCUUCAUUUCCACAAGGGAAAGAGCUGUGAAUAACCACAGAGUAUUUACCAAAGAAAAAGCUUUACUUUCCAUAUGGGAAAAGCAGAGUGAAAUUUUUCCGGUUUGGGGCUCAGCUGCAGCGUAUACAGCAGCAAGCAUUUACUGCAGGUUUGGAGAGAAGUUUCUGAUAUAGUCUUUUAUGUACUACCAGAGUGGAGGGUAGGACACAAGGCUGAUGGCAAGUGUUACUAUUUUUUUUUAUUUCCAGUUUCAUCUUAUAUAAUAAACCUUUUUUUUUUUUUACAUAGUGUCUUCUACCUGGUUCCUUUUUUAUUAUACUUGUUUAUUAUGUGUGUGUGUGUGGUAGCUUGUAUUAUCCUGUGCAUGUGUAUGUCAGAAGACAACUUGGAAGAGUCAGUUUUCUUUCUACUAUGUGGUUCUAGGGACUGAAUUCACCCACUGAGUCAUUUUGCUUGCCUCUAUUUCCUUAUUUUUUUGGGUUGAGGAUGAUAAAAUUUGUGACUUGGAAAAUAAAAAAACAAACCAAAACAGUGGUAAACAUUUAUCUACUAUUUUUCCUUUUUUGUUUCAUCAUUUUUAGUUCAUUUAAAGGAAAAUGAUUUUUUUUUUGUUGUUUGUUUCUUUGAAGCAGGGUCAUGGUAUGAACCCCUUGCUUACCUGAUGCUCAUUAUGUAACUUAGGCAGGCUUCAGACUCCCAAUUUCUUGGAUCACAGGUGUAUGCCACAUUUGGCCUAACAAUAUUAAUAAUCAAUGGUACAGGUAGAAAUGAGCCCUUCGAAGUGGAUGAUGGAAACCAAAUCUUAAGUAGAAGAGCCAGAGACACGACACCAAAUUGUUGUUGAGACAGGGUUUCUCUAUGUAGCCUUUGCGGUCCUGGACCCAUUUGUAGACCAGGCUGGCCUUGAACUCGCAGAGAUCUGCCUGCCUCCGCUUCCCAGAGUGCAGGAAUCACAGGCGUGCGCCACCGUUUCUAGCCUCCAGAAACACUCAUAAGCACGGAGCUACCUCUCCAGCCUGAGCCACUGUUUUAAAGUAGGUGUUGGGGUAGGUAAGGUCACAAACAUUCAAUUCACACUGUGACGGGUGUUGGUAGGGUGUGACAAGAGGCCACUCUUCGGUAUGAACUGAGUGUUAAUCCUGAGAUUCCCCAGAAAAACCAACUCUACCAUUUUGGGCCAAAUUUCAAGUAAGCUUUUUAAAUAUUAAAUACUGACCAAGAAAUGGACUUUGGUGGGGGCCGUUUCCCACCGGACAGUGGCCUCAACCCAAGGCACGUGACUCAAGAAGAAAAGCCAUCCAUGUAGGUCAUCAAGGGAGAAUUCCAAACAUCUGUGGAAAAUAAUUUCAACACAAGUGUACCCAUGCAAGUACAUCUUGCAUGUAGACAUUAUAUUAAAAACUACCUGAUUGUUGGAUUCCGCUUCCAUUAGCAUAAAUGUUUUGGGAGUUCAUUUGCAAAUGCCAUAGGAAUCCGUAGCACAACCUCGGUUCUCUGUCAUUUUUUUUUUUUUUUUCGAGGCAGGGUUUCUCUGUGUAGCCUUGGCCGUCCUAGACUCGUUUGUAGACCAGGCUGGCCUCGAACUCUGCUGGAAUUACCGGUGUGUACCACCGUGCCCGGCUGGAUUCGGUUUUUAAAAAUAGCUGAAAGUCAAACAGUAAGUCUGAUAAAUCAGCCACAGCAGGAGGUCCAUAAAUGGGAAUGAUCUAAAUGAAUGUAAUGACGUUAAGUGUUAUGUACGUUAUACAUGUCAUAACCCUCACCCCACAGUGCGGUCACGCCAAAGGAGUAAACAGCAGCUACACAGCAGUUUUAAGAGUAACCACUCUUUUGUUUAAUAUUUAUUUUGUUUUCUCGCGACAGGGUUUUUCUGUAUAAUCUUGUCUGUCCUGGAACUCACACUGUAAACCAGGCUGGCCUUGAACUCACAGAGAUCCUCUUUCCUCUGCCUCUCCAGUGCUGGGAUUAAAGACGUGCCGCCACGCCCGGCAAAAGCAAUCAUUCUUACAGAUUUGUUAAAACAAAAAUCCUUUCCAACCCAACAUCCUUAACUCCAGCCCCCGGGGUUCCGACGCCUUCACCAACGCAGCAUUCACGUGGCCUCCACACGGAGACGCCAAACAAGUCGCAGCCUCGGACGUGGAGCCCACGCGUCCGCCCCCGACCCGAGCCGGCAAAGGGACGGCGCACACCCUAGAGCACGGUAACCUGGCCGCGGCUGCCGACCCGCCGGGGUUUGAGCCGACCCGCUCGGCGGAGUCAGGAUCAGGAAAGCGCGCGCACAGCUGUCGGUGCACUCCUAGCGCGUUAGGGUCAGGAGGGGUCACGCACGCCGCGGAGGCUACUGGGAACGCUGUGCAAAAUGGCGACUCCCAGUUUACGAGGCCGCCUGGCGCGAUUGGGGAACCCGAAAAAACCUGUCCUGAAACCCAA